CGUGCUUAUAACUUAUGAUCCAGAUAAGCUGAACUUAUGACUCUCAAACAAACACCCACUAAUCAAGCCGAGGCGUACCCAAGCUAAGCUCGGAAGAGAGAAAUGGCGACGUCGGCAAGGAGUAACCAAACAGCGCCUUAUCCAAGCGCUUCCAAGAUCUCCGAUGGUCAAUGCUUCCCUCAGUACACUGCUUCUCUUAAAUGUUUGGAAGAAUUUAGCACAGACAAAAGCAAAUGCCAACAACAUUUUGAUGUUUACAAGGAGUGCAAGAAAAAGGAGAGGGAAGCUCGACUGGAGCGCAAUAGGAAUCGAUCCUUGUUCUCAUGAAGGCAGAAUUACCAGCAGUUAAAGUAAAAGUUAAAUAACAGUUGAAAGGAGUUUGUGUGUCUCUUUUGUGGUAAUCAAAUAUCAAUUUCAAUUACCAGAAAAACAAAUCUAUCGGUGGCCAAGUUCACUUUGUUAAUGUGAAAUUUUAUACUUUUGUAAGUGAAGAAAUAAAAUAUAGUUUUCUUAUGGUGAA